AUAAGAACUUGACGAAAUGGUGCCGUGCCGCACGAAUUGCCAGAUAUCAUUACUCUUGAAUAAACAGCCUUUACUAUACCGUAUCCGCCUUGUCCAGAAGUCUCGACUUGGUCUCGUUUCUCAUAUAUCUAUUCAUCAACAAAUUGGUAGCAGAGGAUGGUUUAAACCCAUGAAUUCGGUCCAUAGAGAGUUGAUGAGAGAAAAGACAAGUUGACGACAGAUUCAAAGGACGGGCGACCUGUUUACUAGGAGCCAUCGGGGAUUCAACUCGCCUUAGGAAACCUGAUCAAAGAGCUCGACACUAUAAGCACUCUCUACCCAGGUUCACAAGGUGCAGGAGAGAGAACUGCAGGAAGCUCCAGCACCACUGAAGGUAAAAGUUUGGAGACUGAGUAAGGGUAAAGGCACCACCUUGUGUUUGCCUUUCAAUGCCACCACCACCGCUUACCUGCCUUGGAGCCUUUUGGGUCAUGCGCGAAAUAGUCUGGGGCUACCUGCCUGGACAUAUUCCAGUUUUAACUGGUAUAUAACCAAAGGGGGAUAUGGUGAGUGGUCUUGGAAAAACCUGGUGGCAGAAACAGGAUGACUGGUCCAGCUAUUCCAAGGGACGGGCUGUCCUUGCCUGGCGCAAACGGCUUACACUUUCACGCACUGGUUUUCAAAUGAAGCUGAUUGUACGGCCUGGGACCACUAUGGGUUGCCAGGUUUUUACGUUGGCCCCAUAUGUAGAUAGUAGCAGGGCCGAAGUCUAUUUCACACUAUAUAUCUGCUUUACGCCACAACCACAGCCUACUUCUGUGACGGCGCGUGACGAUAUGGCAAAGCCACAUACCCUACCCCAGCACAGGGAUGGGUGGGGUUCUGCUGUUUUAGUGGCCACUACCCCUACCCCGGAUGAGAACAUUCGGGUUGCUACAGGUGUCUCAGGUUUGUCUAACAAUUGGUUAUUAUUGACCGAACAAGCAGCCAAUACAACCCCCACUAGUUGCGUAGUUUGCAUGGGUGCCAGACCAUUGCUCCGCAUUGUCCCGGCCACUGUCGACAUCGGAUGUUUAAUGCCCCGUAUGGACAAAGACAAUCCGACUGGUAAUUGCUCCUUGUGGGAUGCAGUUUACCCUGUGGUCUCCGCUACGGUCAGGGCACCAGUAUUUUCCUCUGAUGUUGCCAGGGCCGAAUUCUCCUGUAUUAACAUGACAGGGGGUAUACUACAUUUAGGUUUGCUCCCUGUGGGUUGGUGUACAAAUACUAUCGUAGUAGUGGGUGGUUUUAAGCCAGUGAUCAGGGCUGACAUCUGGUGGUGGUGUGGGGGACCUCGGCUUUUUGACAGAACUCCCAAUAAUGCUACGGGUACUUGUGCGCUUGUAACACUUCUGCUACCUAUCUCUGUUUACCCUAUAGGUGUGGGUGAUUUGGUGACCCGGAUACAGGCUGUGGACCCACAUUUUCUGCCUACCAGAACCAAGCGGGAAGCAGCCCCGAAUGGUGGGGAUCCCACAUAUAUUGAUGCCAUAGGUGUUCCUAGGGGGGGUCCCUGAUGAGUACAAGCUGGUGGACCAGGUCGCCGCAGGUUUUGAAUCAUCUCUCUGCUGGUGGUGCACUGUGAAUAAAAAUGUUGACCGCAUUAACUAUAUACAUUUCAAUGUCCAAAAAUUAGGUAACUGGACUCAACAAGGUUUUGAGGCCGUACAUGGUCAACUGGCUGCCACCUCCCUUAUGGCUUUUCAAAAUCGCAUUGCCGUUGACAUGUUGCUGGCUGAGAAGGGUGGGAUAUGUUUUAUGUUUGGGGAGCAAUGUUGCACAUUUAUCCCUAAUAACACAGCCUCUGAUGGCAGCCUCACUGUGGCGUUAGAAGGCCUGCGUACCCUUAAUGGUAAAAUGAAAUCCCACUCUGGGGUUGAUACCAGCAUGUGGGACUCCUGGAUGGAUGCAUUUGGUAAAUAUAAGGUCCUGGUCUCUUCUAUUCUGGUCUCUAUCUCUGUGUUUGUCGCUAUAUUAACCCUCUGUGGCUGUUGUUGCAUCCCAUGUGCCCGCUCCCUGCUUUCUCGUGUUAUUACUUCUGCUAUUCCACCAAAUAAUGACCCUGCACUGAUGUUCCCCCUCCUACAACAGGAGGAUCCUCUGGUGGAGUUUGAAACAUGCACAUUUGAGUAGUUGUCACGUCCCUUUCGAGACGUGAAGAGGGGGACUAUAAAUUUGACUUGCUUUUAAUUCAUGUCUCUUAGGAGACGUGAAAAGGGGGAUUUGUAAUGAAGUGCUAUUUCCUAUGCAAAUGACCAGCUUACUGCUAUUGCAUUGCUAUAACUGAGACAACACAUAGCAAC